ACAAAUUCCAAAACACGAUUGGAAAUGGCUCUCAUGGGGAUGCGCAUUACAAGUCUUCCUGUCUUUGCAAAUCUGCAUUACAACUCUGGUGUGUGUGUGCGCUUCUACUCAGGAUAGAAAAGUGCGGUGAGUGGGACCGACGGUGGGGGCGGAGUCGAGAAGGCAAAGAAAAAAACAAGCGUGAAGAAAAAGAAAUAGCGGAGAUCAUUUUCUUGUCCCCAUUUUGACGUGCUGUUGUGCCUCCUGAUGCACGAGCUUUUUUUCAUUACGGUUUUAUUCAAUGAAUUAGUGCAAUACCAACAGAAAACAAACACAACGUCGCUUUUAUAUAUACAACUUUACUACAGAAAAUUCUUCUCAUGAAGAGAAGUGACUACGAAAGAAGAAGUUUUUACACUUUCUUUCUGAAUUACAUAGACUUGAUGAACUGAAUAUGGCGUUCUCAACUGUUACAUUCUCAACUGUUACAUGAUUUGUCAUGCAAAUUCACCACCAAGAUCGCCACGAUUAAGCUGUUUCGCAUGACAAAUAUCCGAAGGGCUAGACAGCAUGCAAAUCUGUGCCAAAUCUGUAAUGCAAAAGGCGCAAUCUUGUCCCUUUCACUUUCGCCGUUCUUGCAUUACAAAUUCAUGUAACAGUUGAGAAUGUAACAUUUGAGAACGCCAUACUGAAAUACGCACCGGUAGACUUUCGUCACCGAGCCGGGGUCGUGGCGCUGUAGUCGCAGAGAGGUCUUCUCCAAAGGUCUAACUAUUUCUAAACAGAUGAGGAGAUCAGCAGAUCGAAGAGGAUGCGCGCUGCGAUGCUGCGAUCGCUACACUAGCGCCACCGCCCCCGCUUGAUGUCCUAUCAACUGGGUAGAUUGUUGAUAUAAUUAGCGGACGAACAUCAAGCAACAAGGAAUAGAACUUGCUAUGGAAGACGUUUUAUCUUUUCUCGCGAAAGACGAAGAAGAAAAACAAGCCAACUCGAGACCUUUUAUUCCUUCUCCUUGAGAAAAGGGAGAAAUCUGAACAGGUCGUAUGAAGUGGUACUGGCGACA